GGCGUGUGACGUCACCUGAAGAUCGAUUCGAGUUUUAUUACGAGGAACAGACUGCUGUAAACGUUGCCGUAUAUUCUUCGCGGGCGAUCGCAGCGCUUGCCGUUUGUUAUGCCACGGUUGUCACAUGCCAACGCGCCUGCUAAAAUAAUAAAUCGAUAAGGCCACGUGCGUGUAAGACGCAACACAAAAUGAUCCUGUCGAGGGCCAAGCCGGCUUCGUCGGAGGGCGUCCGGAAGUCGACGUCGCGUAAGGAAAUACCAAAAUUAGAGGAAUUCCUGGAGAAACGUGACUACACCGGAGCCUUGACGCUGCUGGAAUUCAACAGCAGCACCGGCGGCAGUCUGGAGUCCGACCUGUGGAUGGGAUACUGUGCGUUUCACUUGGGUGACUACAAGCGCGCCGUUACGGUGUACGAGAACCUGAAGAAGAGAGACUAUGUGCCGCCGGAUGUACGGACGAAUCUGGCAUGUUGCUACUUUUACCUGGGCAUGUAUCCCGAGUCACAAAAGAUUCUGGAGGAAGCAGCGGACAGCAAGCUGAGGACCAGGCUGCUGUUCCACUUGGCCCACAAGAUGGGCAACGAGUCCAAGUUGAAGGAGUACCAUCAGAUGCUGCAGGAUGUCAUAGAGGAUCAGCUCAGCUUAGCGUCUAUCCAUUACCUCAGGGCUCAUUAUCAGGAAGCUAUCGACGUGUAUAAGAGGAUCUUGCUGGACAACAGCAAGCUUAGAAAGAAAAAGUCCAAGAAACGUCGCUCCAAAGACUCUGACGUGUCUUUCCUUAUUCGGCUGAAAACUUGCAGGGAUUAUCUAGCUCUGAACGUGUACGUAGCCCUGUGCUACUACAAGCUGGAUUACUACGAUGUCGCUCAGGAGGUGCUUCAGGUUUACUUGCAAAAAUAUCCGGACAGCGCGAUCGCGAUCAAUCUGAAGGCAUGCAAUCAUUUCCGCCUGUACGACGGAAACGCUGCGCAAUCCGAGAUGAAGCAGCUGAUUGAAAAGAUCUCGAGUGCCUUCAGUUUCGGUCACGAUCUCAUACGCCACAACACAGUCGUGUUUAGAGGUGGCGAAAACGCGCUGCAGAUCUUGCCGAAUUUGGUGGACGUCAUACCGGAAGCCAGGCUGAAUCUGGUGAUAUACUAUUUGAAGCAAGACGAUGUCAAAGCGGCCUACGACCUGAUCAAGGACCUGGAACCCGCGGUGCCGCAGGAAUACAUCUUGAAAGGCAUCGUCAACGCUGUUAUGGGUCAAGAGACCAACUCUCGCGACAGCAUAAAAACAGCGCAACAAUAUUUUCAACUAGUGGGCUCUUCAGCGUCGGAGUGCGAUACCAUACCCGGCAGACAAUGCAUGGCCUCCUGCUUCUUCCUCUAUCGGCAAUUCGAUGAAGUGCUGGUGUACCUGAGCUCGAUCAAGACAUACUUCUCCAAUCAGGACAACUUCAACUUCAACUACGCCCAAGCGCAGAGCGCGGCUGGCUACUUCAAGGAGGCGGAGGAGGCCUUCCUGAUGAUACGUAACGAAAAGUAUAAAAACGACUACAUCUACAUCAGCCUCUUGUCUUACUGCUAUAUAAUGAAUAAGAAGGCUGAGCUAGCUUGGGAGUUGUACCUGAAGAUGGACACGUCGACGGAGUCGUUCAACCUACUCCAGCUGAUCGCCAACACGUGUUACGAGGUUGGCGAGUUCUGGUACGCCGCCAAGGCCUUUGAUAUGCUGGAACGUAUGGAUCCGAGUUCCGAGCACUGGGAGGGCAAGCGCGGUGCCUGUUGCGGUACUUUUCAGUACAUAGUAGCGGAGAAGCAACCAAAGGAACUUCUGCCGGACGUGAUACAGCUUUUGAAGAACACAUCCAACUCCCAAGUGGAGCAGAUAAUACGCGUGAUGCGCAAGUGGGGAAAAGACAACCGAGUGAGCUGUUGAUAUUGUCCGGAUAUCAUCGUUGUCGAUUCCGUCCACGAGUGCCUCACUGCAAUUAUUUUUCCGGGACAUCUAAUCGCAAUAAUCAACUGAGCAAUCGCAUCAAUGAGUACUUACGAAUCUCUAUUUUUACUCGCAACACCAAUGAAUACAACGCGCCUCGUUGUCGAUUUAAUAUAAAAUAGAUAUAUUUAAACUGUGGUACACUCAUUUUUAUAAUAAUAUAAUAUCAAUAAUAUUGUAAUAGUAAUAAUAAUAAUAAUUAAUUUUAACAAACACAAUCGGUGAAUUGCAAAAAACACCAUAUUCGAUGGCGUAUCAUUCUCUUACGUUUUGCAUUCUCGAUCGAUUAAGACGCGAAUUAUUUUCGGAUAUUCUUGCAAUGAUUUUAACGCGCGUACGA